AUGCCUUCCUCCAGCGACUACCUGCAUCCGACGGACAUAGUCCACACCCCUCUUGAUUCAGAUGAGGACGAAGACUUGGAUUUGGAGGAGCUCGACCCGCAGUCCGUGGCCUCUCACCGACCAGGUCGUUCAUCUAGAGAUGAUAUACCUCGAAAGAAGGGAUAUGGGCCGGGAAUUGCGCUGCGGAACCUGCGCGCGGGAGUCGGAAACCGUGUUUGGGGACGAAGUGCCUCUGCAGGGCGCCGCGCCGGAUCGCAGGAGGAUCUGAAUGCUUUACUUGGAGAUACCGAAGAGGAGCGCCUGCGAACAUCUCAGACAAGCUCGGGUGCUUUCACCGACGACGAUGCGCCGUUGUUGCAGGGUCGACGCCGCAGUUCGCCCCGCGUGUCUGAGGAACCGUCGGCAGGGAAUAGGAAGGGAUCUCGACUCCGUCUACCGGUUUUCAACCCGAGCAGUCUCUUUUCAGGCAGUGGGAGACAAUACGACGAUGAUGACGCAUCUAAUCGGCCGCCUCGCGAAGUGCUGGUCGGUCAACUACAACAAGCCAGAUACCCUCCGAAUGUGGUCUCAAACGCCAAAUACACGCCUUGGAGCUUCCUCCCCCGGACGCUAUAUAACGAAUUCUCCUUCUUUUUCAACAUAUAUUUUCUUCUGGUCGCGCUUUCGCAGAUCAUCCCCAUCCUUAGAAUCGGCUACAUGUCCUCGUAUAUUGCGCCCCUGGCAUUCGUGGUUUCGAUAUCAUUGGCCAAGGAGGCCUUGGACGACAUCGCCCGCCGGCGGCGAGACAGGGAGGCAAAUUCUGAGGAGUUCACCGUCCUCUCCUUUCGUCCAGCUGACAUCUCCAACCCAGCUGGCCUUCCGUUCGAAGUGACAAAGAAAUCACGGGACUUGAAGGUCGGUGACGUGUUGAAGGUCCGCAAGAACCAACGUCUCCCUGCGGAUGUGGUCAUUUUGCAGAGCAUCUCUGGAGACUCUAGUAGCCACAGUCGACAGAGUUCCACGGGGCAACAGCCAGCGUUGGAAUCCGCAAACCUUAUUGAUCCCACCAACGAAGAGAGUUCAUCAGCUCCAGUCGGCGGUGGUUCUGGAGCAGACUUCUCUUCUGCUGGCGACACGUUCAUCCGUACCGACCAGCUUGAUGGAGAGACGGAUUGGAAGUUACGCCUCCCAUCGGUUCUCUCACAAAGUCUGUCGACCAAAGACUUUACGCGACUGAAGGUCACGGCCAGUGCCCCGGAUAGGAGAGUGAAUGAGUUCCUCGGGACUAUCCAACUGCAACCAGCCUCUCGAGCUUUCUACGACCCCCAUGUCGACAAGUCGUCAAGUCCAGUCUCGCCCAUAGCCCCAGAGGCCGAGGACUCGCAGUCCAACUCGGCUCCGCUCUCGAUUGAUAAUACAGCAUGGGCCAAUACAGUUCUCGCCUCUAACACCACUACAUAUGCGGUGAUCAUUUACACCGGCUCCCAAACCAGGGCGGCAUUGUCCACCUCGGCGUCUAGGUCCAAAGUCGGCUUAUUGGAAUACGAAAUCAACAACCUUACAAAGAUCUUAUGCGCCCUGACCCUUGCUCUCUCCAUUAUAUUGGUAGCGCUGGAGGGAUUCCAACCCACAAACGACAAGGAGUGGUAUGUCGCCAUCAUGAUCUAUCUUAUUCUAUUUUCAACCAUCAUUCCCAUGAGUCUGAGAGUAAAUCUGGACAUGGCCAAGUCGGUUUACGGGCGAUUCAUUGAACGGGACAAGGACAUACCCGACACGGUGGUGAGAACUAGUACGAUCCCAGAAGACUUGGGAAGGAUUGAAUACCUUCUCUCGGACAAGACGGGUACCCUGACUCAAAACGAAAUGGAACUGAAAAAGAUCCACGUCGGCACGGUUUCCUAUGCUAAUGAAGCGAUGGACGAGGUGGCGUCGUACGUGCGACAAGGCUUUGCCGGCAACGCCUUGACCACACCGUCGACGGUCUUUGGCACCCAGGCCGGUCUUGGGACGGCCCCUCGGACGCGGAGAGAGAUCGGUUCACGAGUCAGGGAUAUCAUCCUCGCUCUUGCAUUGUGCCACAACGUUACCCCGACCAUCGACGAAAACGAAGACGGCGAGAAGGUGACCAGUUACCAGGCCUCGUCGCCCGACGAGAUCGCCAUCGUUCGCUACACCGAAGACGUCGGCCUCAAACUCGCUUAUCGGGACCGUCAGAAAAUCGUGCUCGAAUCCACACACUCGAAAAACGUGGUGGUGCGCGUUCACAUCCUCGAAGUGUUCCCCUUCACCUCCGAUAGCAAGCGUAUGGGCAUCAUCGUACGGUUUGAGCAGGAUCCCAGCUCCCCCGCGUCGCCUUCCAAGGAUGACAAUGAGAUCUGGUUCUACCAAAAGGGGGCCGAUACGGUGAUGUCAUCUAUCGUCGCGGCCAAUGAUUGGCUUGACGAAGAGACGGCCAACAUGGCUCGCGAAGGCCUGCGGACGCUGGUCAUCGGACGCAAACGCCUCUCCGAGCAGCAAUACCAAGAUUUCUCGCUCAAGUACAAGCAAGCGUCGCUUGCACUGCAGGCCAGAGACGUGGGGAUGGCCAAGGUGAUCAGCGAACACCUGGAACACGACCUGGAGCUGCUCGGGGUGACAGGGGUGGAAGACCGGCUGCAGAAAGACGUCAAGCCGUCGCUCGAGCUGCUGCGCAACGCCGGGGUGAAGAUCUGGAUGCUGACGGGCGACAAGGUGGAGACGGCCCGGUGUGUAGCGAUCUCGGCCAAGCUGGUGGCGCGCGGGCAGUACAUCCACACGGUGGCCAAGGUGAAGGACAAGGCGAGCGCGCAGGAAGCGCUGGACUUCAUCCGCAACAAGCCAGACUGCUGCCUGCUGAUUGACGGGGAGUCACUGGGCCUGAUGCUCAGCCAGUUCCGCACGACCUUCAUCUCGCUGGCGGUGGUGUUGCCCGCGGUGGUGGCGUGCCGGUGCUCACCGACGCAGAAAGCCGAAGUCGCCGAGCUGAUCCGGCACCACACGAAGAAACGGGUGUGCUGCAUCGGCGACGGGGGCAACGACGUGUCGAUGAUCCAGGCGGCGGACGUGGGGAUCGGGAUCGUGGGCAAGGAAGGGCGCCAGGCGUCGCUGGCGGCGGACUUUAGCAUCACGCAGUUCCACCACCUGACCAAACUGCUGGUAUGGCACGGGCGCAACUCGUACAAGCGGUCGGCCAAACUGGCGCAGUUCAUCAUGCACCGCGGACUGAUCAUCUCCGCGUGCCAGACGAUGUACAGCAUCGCAAGCCAUUUCGACCCCAAGGGUCUCUUCAUCAACUGGCUGAUGGUCGGCUAUGCGACCGUGUACACCAACGCGCCCGUCUUCUCGCUCGUGCUCGACCGCGACGUCGACGAGCAGCUCGCAAACCUCUACCCGGAGCUGUACAAGGAGCUCAAGGCCGGCCGCAGCCUCAGCUACCGCUCCUUCUUCGGCUGGGUGUUUGUCUCCGUGUACCAGGGCGCCGUGAUCCAGGGCCUGUCACAGCUCCUGCUCGACUCCAUCACCGGCCCGCGCCUCAUCGCCCUCUCCUUCUCCGCCCUCGUCAUCAACGAGCUCGUCAUGGUCGCCAUCGCCAUCACUACCUGGCACCCCGUCAUGAUCCUUUGUCUGCUCGGCACCGCCUUGGGCUACGCCGCCAGCGUCCCCUUCUUGGCCGACUACUUCGAUCUGCAGUACGUCAUCACCCUCGACUUCCUCUGGCGUCUUGUCGCCGUCUGCGCUGUCAGCCUCGUCCCCGUCUGGCUGGGCAAACUCAUCAAGCGGUCGUGGAGUCCUCCCUCUUACAGGAAGGUGAGGGGGUAA